GCCAGCAUGUUCCUGCUCAACUCUGUGUGCGAGGCUUUGACAAUGAGCUCAAAUGUUCCCGGGUCUGCUACGGAGUGACAGUCGCUUGUUGGAUUACUCAAGAAUGGACAACUGUCCAGUUGUCCAGUCUUGGAGAUGGGCUCACAUGGAGGAGAGGACCUUGGGCGUACAGCUGAGGCCCUUUGUCUAGAGGUCAGGCCUCUGCAGAGGGCCACACUUGGUGUUCGACUUGCCCACAGGAAGGCCUUUAGUCUGGACUGCACUGACAUCCAUCGAGAGGCUCGCAACAGGAGACAAGACUCCCUGGAAAGAUACUGUGAUCCCAGGGCAGAGCAUAUGCUCAGGUCGACAGCCAGCCAGCAAGCUUCCACCUCUCCAUGCAGGGCCAACAUACUGUCUUGGAGGGCAGAUCUAGAACCUGUUAGGGUGGAUGUUAUUAGAGGUUCACAGAUCCCAAAUGAGGAUCAGGAUGCAGGCAGCUCAUUCAGCCACAGAGCUCCUCUGAUGUCUCUCAGCAGCUCUGAGGAGGAACAGGAGGCUGGAGAACAUGCUGGCAGAGCUCCAGUAGGGCUCAGUGUGGCUUCAUCCCUGCUUAUGCCCACUCCCUCUGGUGAACACGGUCUGAGUAAAAGAGAGAGGAAACGACUGAAGAGUGUGAGGAGGAGACAGAAGAGGAGAGAGUGCUGCAGACAGAGCCAGCUGCAGGAGAAUGUGCAGAGCUCUACAGGGAACCCAUCCAGCAGCAGUGAGGAUGAAGAGCUACCCAGCCUAGACCAUGAAGGUUAUAUCUGUGCUGUUUGUCUGGAUGUCUACUUCAGUCCAUACAUGUGCCACCCCUGCAAUCAUGUCUUCUGUGAGCCCUGUUUGAGGACACUGGCCAAGAGCUGCCCCACCAAUACACCCUGUCCAUUGUGCAGAACAACCAUAACACAUGUUUUCUUCCAGAAAGAACUGAACCAGACAGCUCGUACAUUCUUCCCAAAGGAAUACCUGUCUCGGAAGCAGAAUUUCCAGAAAGCGUGCUGUGCAAAAUGGCCCCUUCCGAGUUGCCGUAAACUGUUUCGAAUUUUUGGAGGCUUUCAAAGGCAAGCAAGUCCAAUUGGCAGGCGCCAGUUCCCUCACGGGAGCUAUCGGCUUGAUGCCUUCAACUUCGAGGAUGAUUCACAUGGCUGGCGAUUUGACAUGGACAUGGUGAUCAUCUAUAUAUACUCUGUCAACUGGGUCAUUGGCUUCAUUAUCUUCUGCCUCUUCUGCUAUAUCUUCUUCCCUUCCUUUUGAAAAGGAGGCAAAAGGGAAGCUGUCUGCAGUGUUUUAGAUCUUUUAGGACAAUGGGGUAGACAGCAAGAAAGGCAUCUCAUGCUGAAACUGAAACUUCUGGACUUUCAUAAUUAAUCAUAUUCAUAAAUGAGUUUGUGGUUUGCUUUGAAACAGAAUUUUGGCUAACCGUGUGGGGAAAGCUUUGUAUGCAUAAUCACCAGGAUUUUUUAUUUUUUUAUUUUAUUUUUUAAGCACACCAGUGGACUAUUUUUAUUGAUUUUUUUUUCACAAUUUGCAUUCACAUUUAUUCAGUGUGAAUACUUUUAUGAAAGGCCUUCGCUUACAGUUUAUGAACAUUGAGUGCAAUGUUCAGGUUUGUAAAAAUGUUAAAUGGGGUCCAAAAGUCUGAAAACCAUAAGUGAAAAUGCUUCUAAUUGACAUUUUUCUUAAAUCUAAAUGAUAUUAUUGGUUUUCCAAUUUGAGAGAAAAGUUGAUUAUAAGCUUUUUUCUUUUUUUUUUUUUUCAGAAUUUCUUAGUAUUUGGUUGUCUCCCUUUAGCUUUAAUGAUAGCAUGUACUCGAGCUGGCAUGGACUCCACAAGUUUGUGCAAAACCUGAUCCAUGAUAUCCAGUAUGGUUUCAAAAUGUAUGCUUCAAAGGAAGCAAGAAAAAUCACAAAAGAGUGAUAUUGCACAAAGGAGUUAACAUGGUCAAUGCCAUAAAUUUGCUCACAUUAGUGACCUAGAAAUAGUGGAAAUAUUUAUUUGUUUCAAAAUGCUCCAGCUUUCCAGCUUUAUAUUAAAUUUUGAAUCCCAGAUUUGGUGUUAGACUUUUGCAACCCUUCUGUACAUCUAGACUAUCUGCAGAACACUCAACAUGUUGCUGAAAUCUAAAAAUUACAGAAGGCUGUGAUUUGUUUAAUACUUUUAUUGCUUGAUGUUUUUUGGUCAGUUGGCCAUGAUGGUUCUAAGUCUGGUCUCAAAAACCAAUGCUUGGUUUGAUGUCUAAGUGUAUGUGCCAAAAGUCUUCGAAAAUCUUCUGUAAUUAGAUCACAGUUUUUCUUCAUUUCUUUUUGCAUUAGGAAAUAACUUUUUUUAAUUAUAUAAAGGUGUUUUACUCUGCACUUGGCAUUAGAAGUUCAUUUACAUGGAAGUAUUGCUAUAUUAAACAUUUCCAGAGAAAUUAUAAUAAUAGUGACCUUUAGCUGUGAGCAGAGAAUUCUUUCUUAAUGGAAAACUUUUCCUGUGUUUAAAUAAAUACAGGUAUUUCAUUCUAAAAGCAUGAAGUAUCAUCCCUCGGUUUCUCGAGGCUUUGUCCAGUUUAUGCUAAAACCUCAGUUCUAAAACACAUGCAUUCAAACCAAGUUUCCAGGACACUGUUUCAUGUGAACUUUUAUUUUUGACUGGUUCUCCUUCUAGGUA